AUGUCAGAUAACGAGUACGACGACGAUAUUUUUGACCAUCUUGAACUUGACGAUGAUGAUGUGUUUGACGACAUCGACGAAGACGAGCUUGUGGCCCUCGAGCGACCUGCAAAACGGGUCAAGACCGAAGCAUCAGAGGUCGAAAGGAAUCUAGCGCUUGGUGAUAGUCACAUUGCACUGGCCGAACGGAUUCUUUCCAACCAGUUUGGCUUCAAGGCGUUCCGGCACGAGCAGGCAGCCGCCAUUCAGCAUAUUCUGAAAGGCGAUAAUGUCCUCGUCAUUUUCCCCACGAGCGCAGGCAAGUCGUUGUGCUAUCAAAUCCCCUCCAUUGCCUUCCCCGAGCUGGACGGCCCAGAGGGCGCACGAGAGCAGCCGAGGCAGACGUGA